AUGGAGGCGAUCAAGUCUGUCUUUUUCGGCCCCGAUCCUCAGGCACAGAUGAGGAAAUGUAACCAGCUCAUCCGUGCAAAUACUCGCCAGUUAGACCGGGAUAUUGCCCAGCUCAAAGCUCUUGAUGCGAAGACACGACAACACAUCGUAAAUGCCUCUCGUCGGGCGCAAAGGAACCCAUCCCAAGCCAAACAGGCUAUGAACGACACCAAAACGUUUGCACGAGAACUCCUGCGGAUCCGGAAGCAGAGUGCGCGACUCACGACAAGUCGCGCGCAAUUGCAAAGCGUGCAGAUGCAGGUCAACGAGGCGUUUGCAGUGCGCAAGAUCCAAGGCAGCCUGAAGAAGUCGACCAGCAUCAUGAAAGACGUGAAUACUUUAGUUCGCAUGCCGGAACUGACGGGGACCAUGCGCCAACUCUCCACGGAGCUGGUGAAAGCGGGCAUUAUUGAAGAAAUGGUUGAUGACGCCAUUCCCGCAGACCAGUUGCUGGAGGAUGAGGAAGAAGAAGCCGAUGCCGAGGUAGACAAGAUCCUGGAAGAAGUCCUGCGGGGCAAGCUGUCCAAGGUAGAAGGGGCCAAGGCAGAAAAGCCGGUCGAAGAGGAACCGGCGGCUGUGGAGGACGAUUUCGAGGACCAGGAGGCGACAUUGGAGCAGAUGAGGGGCCGACUCGAAGCUUUGAAGAGUUGA